GGGUACAGGUGCUCCCCACGUGUCCUCUUAUCUGUCGCAACCUUCUCUCUGCCAACCAGACAUUGUUUCAAAGCACAUAGCAGCGGAAGUCAAGCAGGGCUACCUUAUUGGUCCUUUUCCAUCGUCUCCUUUCCCUGUCUACCGUUGCAGUCCUAUCGGCGUUGUUGAUAAAAAGUAUUCAGAUAAAAAACGUUUAAUCAUUGACUUGUCUGCCCCUCGCGGUAACUCAGUGUCAACAAGUAUUAACGAUUUAAUCGAUAAGGAUGAAUACUCUCUGUCAUAUGUAAGAGUGGACGACGCCAUCACAGCCAUCCAACAAGCUGGCCACGGUGCCUUACUUUGCAAAACAGACAUCGUUGAUGCGUUUAAGCUUCUGCCCAUCCAUCCGUCACUUUGGCAUUUAUACGGCAUCAACUGGCAGGACAAUUUUUAUUUUUUCAUCCGCCUUGCUUUUGGGUCUCGCUCCAGUCCUAAAAUUUUUGAUCAACUCUCAACUGCCAUUUGCUGGAUCGCUCAUCAUAACUACGGUAUCAACAAAAUGCUGCACCUACUAGAUGAUUUCCUUACAAUCGACGCACCAUGCUAUGACGCUGAAAGAACAAUGGCAUUGUUAACGCUCAUUUUUGGCCGCUUAGGAAUCCCAUUAGCCCCACAUAAGACUGUAGGUCCUACUACUACUUUGGAGUUUCUUGGUAUUGAACUUGAUACCAUCAAGAUGGAGGCCCGUCUGCCACUGGUUAAGCUCAAUCGUCUUCUUGAUUUGCUUGACGAAUUUCUCCUACGCAGAUCCUGCACCAAGCGCCAGCUAUUGAGUCUGCUUGGACACCUCAAUUUCGCGUGCCGUGUAGUCCCUCCGGGUCGUACUUUCAUGUCACGACUUAUCGAACUUUCGAAAGGCAUUCAAAAACUCCACCACCACGUUGGCAUUUCAUCUGAAAGUAAACAGGACAUUUGCAUGUGGAAGGAAUUUCUAUCUGGGUGGAAUGGCAUUUCACUAUUCCUUGACAGAUACCUCACUCCUGCCCCAGAUAUGCAGUUAUUUACAGAUGCCAGUGGUAUCGGCCAUGGUGGGUAUUUCCGGGGAUACUGGUUCCACGAAAGAUGGGCUACAAACCUUAGACUCGAUCAUGACAAGACUCUGUCUAUCGCAUUCCAGGAACUAUAUCCCAUCGUUGUAGCCGCUUUGCUUUGGGGUCAUCAAUGGACUAGGAAGCGUAUACUGUUCCACUGCGACAACAUGGCUACUGUUCACAUCGUCAAUAAAGGCCGCUCUAAAUCGCCAUCCAUUAUGAAACUAAUGCGACGUUUGGUGAUUACUGCGGCAUCCCAUAGCUUCAUGUUUUCUGCUGUUCAUAUACCUGGUAAAUCUAAUAUAAUUGCAGAUGCUCUCUCUCGUUUUCAGACUACACGUUUCAGAGAAGCAGCACCAUCAGCGCAAGCCAUACCUUGCCAGAUUCCCUCAGUCGUGAUGUUCGCUUGA